AUGGCUUUUUUUGUUGUUGUUUGUUUGUUUGUUUGUUCGGAAUCGAGCACGAGGAUUGCUCAAAUGUUUUUGCUUGACGUUAAAUGUUUGUUUGCAAACAAAACCAUGCAAAGCAACGUCGCGCGCUGCGGUGCAGUUUGGAUUUGCAAGCGUGCAGCAGAGCAUGGGAACGUUAGCAAACGUGUAUGUGCGAAAGGGGAGAAAGAGAAAAAAUCUCAGGAGCAGCGUGUUGUAAAUCUGGGCGCCUUUUGAUGGUUUUGUGAAAAAAGAGGCAAAGUCUUAAGCAUACCGCUAGGCUUGUGGUUAUGUCAGUUAAUGCAGUUUGCUGUUGGAAAUGGUGUAUCUGGGAAGCAGGGAUUAAAAAAAUAUAAAGCAUAUGAGGCAGCACUGUGUGUACGGUCUGGUAUUUGUUUAGCUAGCUAGCCAGUUGCUAACUACAUUCACAGAGUCCCAUUGCACGCAGCUGUGUUCUUGCUAACUGACUAGCACUACUCGGUUAGCCCAAAACGGCCUGCUGCUUGUCUCGUUUUGACCAACCAAGGUUUCCUUCAGCUUAACCCUUUCUUUGCGCUCUUUUCCUUGAAAGUUGUUCAUUGUCUACAAGGCUGCUUUUUGUCCACAGCCUUUCACAGGUGUUGCUAGAUUGAGGUUGUUCAACCGUGGCCUUUCUAUAACGGAGCUGAUUUUUGGUGCUGGACGCAAGGCCUUUCUGAAACACGAGUGGUUCUUGUUGUUUUUGUUUUUGUUUUUGGUUAAAGCAGAGUUGGAGCAAAGCGAACUUUUUUGCCAAGCUCGAGGGAGGAAUUUCUACUUCCCUGCUUUAGAAACUUGUAGACCUGGGUCAACUGACAGCUAUUCGGAAUAUGUUUUGUCCAUCACAACAAACUAAAUUUUGACGAGGCAUUACCAUUGAAGCAUGCUUUGCUUAACACGCAUUUGCAGCAUCCACACACUGGUCUACUCCAUUGAUUUCUGAAGUGGAUGCCGAAAUGCUGACUUGCCUUUUAUGGCCAGAUAUAUGGUUUAAGAGCUAGCAAUCUCAGCACUAGGAGGUCAGUUUGGGUAGAAAAAAUAGCAGGCCCCGUGUGGAACAGCGCUUCUGAAACAGACAUGGAGGGUUGUUAUGACCACAAGAGGUUAAUCUCCAUGCACAACUAGCCAUCUAGCCCUUUUUGCUGAAUCAGUAAAUAUUAACAGGACAGAGUAUCCUCUCCGUCACCUAAAGUCAUAAAGACGUUUCGAUGCAAAAGCCAGCUGAUUUGCUCCUACAGUGAGUGCAGCUUGCAUGUAAUUACCGAGCUGAAAAUAAAGUGUGAACCUGCUACGUCUUCCAUUUCCAUUUCUUUUCUACCUCCUUCUGAUGUGGUGGUCAUGGAGGCUAGGUUCGGUUUGGGCUGAGGCAUCUUCCUUUCUUCUCCCCUCGAGAGAGGGGUAGGAGAUUGGUUGCUGCCUGGUUUAUAGGAAACAGCCACAUUGCUUGUUAAGCAAACUGUACAGACAACGCAAAGGACUAUCUAUACUGAGAUGAAGUCGUGCCAGACGCGGAAGGGAGAGACGAUAAAGGAAGCUAUGUCACAGGAGGAAGGGUCGAGGACGCAUUCCACGCAGACCUACUACCAUCAUACCUCUCUAGCAGACAGCGACCUAUCACCAAAGCUCUACAAGCAGGAGGGAGUGUCCAAGCCCUAUUCGGUGCUGGUGGACAACAAGAUGCCCACCAAAGCGCUGGUUCCUGACCUCGAACCCAGUCCGGCUCCUCUUCAGCAUUACUACAAAGAAGCUUCCGGAACCGCUGGAGCCGAGGGAGGGGUGAAGACCAAAAAUGACGGGACGUCUGAUGACACAGAGGAGGAGGAGGAGGAGGAAGAAGAAGAAGAAGAAGAGGCGGAGGAGUUCAAGCGAGCACAGAUCAUUGUUGAGGUGAACUUGAACAAUCAGACCUUGCACGUUUCCAAAGGAGACAAGAGCAUCCCUGCAGGAGAGGUGAAAAGUGACAGCGAAGAGGAAGAAGAGGAAGAGGAGGAUGAGGAAGAAGAAGAGGAGGAGGAGGAGGAGGAAGAUGGGGAAGACGAUAGUAUAGAAGAGGAGAGUGUUGAGGAGGACCCUGACGAUGAGGAGGAAGAGGAAAACGAGACCCGGAGGACGAGAUCCAAGCGGGCACGCGCAAAGAGUCACCACGUCACUGCAGCUACAGGCUCCAUCGGAGUAACCACAAGGGGGCGGAGAAAGAGCGCUGAAGCCCCGCCUCAGAAGCGCAGGUCGGCGAGGGAUGGAAGGAGCUCUGGUCCAUCUGCUUCAGGAGGAGGGAGGGAGGGUGAGGAGCGUGGAACACUGGCGUGUGAGAAAUGCCCACGCGUGUUCAACACCCGCUGGUACCUGGAGAAGCACAUGAACGUCACACACCGGCGCAUGCAGAUCUGCGACAAGUGCGGCAAGAAGUUCGUGCUAGAGAGCGAGCUGGCCCUGCACCAGCAGACUGACUGCGAGAAGAACAUCCAGUGUGUGUCAUGUAAUAAAUCUUUCAAAAAGCUCUGGUCGCUUCAUGAGCACAUUAAGAUUGUCCAUGGCUAUGCCGAGAAGAAAUUCGCCUGUGAGAUAUGUGAGAAGAAGUUCUACACAAUGGCUCAUGUUCGCAAGCACAUGGUCGCUCACACUAAGGACAUGCCAUUUACAUGUGAAACCUGUGGAAAGUCCUUUAAGCGCAGCAUGUCCCUAAAGGUGCACUCACUUCAGCAUUCAGGAGAGAAGCCUUUCCGUUGUGAGAAUUGUGAUGAGCGUUUCCAGUAUAAGUAUCAGCUGCGGUCUCACAUGAGCAUCCACAUUGGACACAAGCAGUUCAUGUGCCAGUGGUGUGGCAAAGACUUCAACAUGAAGCAGUAUUUCGAUGAGCAUAUGAAGACACACACAGGUGAGAAGCCAUUCAUCUGUGAAAUCUGUGGGAAGAGUUUCACCAGUCGACCCAACAUGAAGCGUCACCGGCGCACACACACCGGAGAGAAGCCUUACCCGUGCGAAGUGUGCGGUCAGCGCUUUCGCUUCUCCAACAUGCUCAAGGCGCACCGAGAGAAGUGCUUCCGGGUCACGAGCCCCAUGACCCAACAGCCUGCCAGCAUGCCCAUCUCUGUUCAUCUCACUGGCCACACCCCUUCUCCUUCUGGCCACACCUCCAGCCCACCACUACCCUCUCAAGGCACAUCCACUGCAGCAGCCGUGGGCCCAGGAAUGAUUGCUUCGGGAAUCAUUGGACAUGGCUUUUCCCAUUUGCACAUGCAGGCCACGCCCACGCAGCACCACCAAACCCAUUUGCAUCACCCUGGGCAUGCUCCUAUGACGAGCCACGCCUCUCCGCACCAGUCCGUGCCGUCCUCUCUCCUGCCGUCUCCCCCUGCGCUAUUUAAAAGUGAGCCGAUCAACCACUGCGCCCAUGAGGACGUGUACCUGAGGCCAGGCUCCACACAGCAGCACUAAAAAUAACCACACAGAUCCGCCAGCUGUUCACACACACAGACAGAUAGUGUGUUCAGGGGUGUAUGAGGGAAGCUCAGCAAAACAUUUGUGUGUGUGUGUGUGUGUGUUUGUGUGUUUGUGUUAGAGAGAGGCAUAUAUGUAAGUGCUGAUUGUGCAUUUCAUUGCUGGGAAGCAAUCAUGUGAUCAGAGAGGAUGUUAAAGGCUGGUGACCUCGGUGAACUUUCUCUCAAGUAAUUAUAAGCAUUAUUUUACACCUCAUAUACUGAUAAGGAAAAAUUCCACUUGCAUCAUAAUGAUGAAAACACGCCACUGUGUGUGAGCCAGCACACCUUCAGUCUCUUUCCUUUCUCUCUCUAUCUCUCUCUCCGUCUCACAUUCUGUAUGUUUCUUUGUCCCUCUAUCUUUUUCCCCUCACUUUCUAUCUGUUCCUCGCUCCCUGAGUGUCUGUCCUCUCGCUAUUAUCUCUCUUGUCUCCCUCACUGUCUCACUCUCUUACACACGUUCUUUAUACCCCUUUUCCCCCUCUGUCUUUCUUGCUGUCUGACUGUUUUGCCCUCCCUUGUUUUAUCCUCUCUCUCUUUCUCUCUCUUUCUCAUGCUCUUUCUCUCUGGCUGUCUCUAUUUAUCCACCUAUCUCACUCUCUCACACAUUCUGUGUCAGUUUCUUUGUCCCUCUGUCACUUUCUCUCUAUGUCUCUCUCAUCUUUUUGUCUAUCGUCUCUCUCUGUCUCACUCUCCAUCUUUUUGUCUCUCAUAACGUAUCCAGCUGCUGCUGCCAGGUUCUACGGGUUCAACACAAUUACUUGUAAAAGCUCUAAAUUUGAAUAAUGCAGUUUAGCCUUCUCUAUAUGGAAGUACACAUUUGACAUAAACACUUUGUGUGUGUGUGUCUAGAAACUUACACAUGCAGACUUUUAGGCACUUAAACUCAUAGAUAAUGUAACGCACUCAUACUUUUUUCAUGGUCGUCAGAUUUAUUGUGCGUUAUUGAAACCUUUUUUUUUUUUUUUUGGUGCUGAUGGCUUUGGGGAGUGUAUGUUCUGGAUGAGGACUCAUGGAUGUAUUCAGGCAAAACUUUUUAGGGGAAAAGAGACUGUUAAGAAAUGAUGUCGUGUCAUAAAAGACUUUUUAAAAAAAACAUAAUUCAUUAAUUAUGUUCUGUAUCAUCUAACCCACUUACCACAUAUUCUUAUUUGUAAACAUUACUGUUUUUAAGAGGAAUUUUUAUGUGCGUGCGCAUUAAUGGGCUUAAAAAAAAAGAGGUUUAUUUGUAUUUGUUUAUUCAGAUGAAUGUGCGAUUAGGGCGCCAUAGCGUGCGGCAGUGAGUGUGUACUUGUUCUGAUUGUCAUUACACCUCGGGAGGUGCUGCAUUGAAAGCUGCUUCUCUGUCUUUUAUGUGACUAUCCAUCGUGUGUGUGUAUGGGUACGUGUGUGUAUGUGUGCACCCAUUUUUAAAGUCUAUUUUGUUUCUGUUCUCUGCACUUUACUGCUGCAUUACAGAUUUGAGCUGAAACUGACAAGACUUUGUUAAUUAUGUCUAGCAAGUGAGAGUGUGUUCGUGUGUGAGAUGGUCAGCUUUUGGAAAAGGAGGAGAAUCACAUCUAAAGAUGGACCUCGAUUUUAACUUUCGCAGAACUUCAUUUAUUUUAUACUUUAACUGAUUUCUUCUUCUUACUGUAGAGACAGGGUAGAGAUGUUUGUCAGUCAUGUCUAACUUUUCGGUUUACUGAUUGUCCUCCUUUUCUUACGGUUGAUAGAAUGCACUUUCUACGUAAACCUUUCUAGUUAAGAAAUAUGAAGCCCAUGUUUAAUGUAUACUCUGGAGUGAUUUAAAGCAGAGGAAUGAACCCUUCUCCGUUUCUACCACUCGAGUGUAGCAGCGUGUGAUUGCAUCACUGUAUGGUACUCAGAUGCGUGGCUUUGCCAACCUCCAACUGUUUUUUUUUUUUUUUGUUUGUUUGUUUUUUUUUUUGGGGGGGGAUGUGUAUAAGAACAGACGACAGACAUGUAUUACAGGCCUUUUUUUUUAUAAUGCUCAUUUAACAUACUUUCUGAUAACUUUAGGAAGUAAAGAAAUAAUAAUAAGUAGCCACAUUUGUAACCUUGUUAGUCAUCAUUUCUAAUUAUUAUUAUUUUUUAUUUUUUUUAUUUUUUUUAUGAAAUGUGAAGUUUGUCUUAUGUUCAGGGUGUGUGUGUUUUUAUAAUCAAUCCAGCUCCUGUUUUUGACCCUUUGACCCUUUUCUGUCUAGUCCACAGAAGCACAGCUGUUCCACAUGAUUGUGUUGAGGUUAAAAGAGUGAUUAGAUUACAGAAGUGUUAGCGAAAAUAAGAUCACUUCCUUCAGGGAAUGUUCACUUUGACAAAUCACAGUGUUCUGAGAAUACGCAAUCCCUGAUACUUUGAAUGAUCAAAGGCCAACAAACCCAUACAUCAGGUAAGUGAAGAACAGUAUUAUAAUUCUGCAGUCUGAUAAAGGUAUCUGUGGUUUUUGACAAGUUUAAGCAUCAUUCGCACUUUCAGCACUGUUGUGGAUGGACAUACGUACAGCAUUUUAUUGAACUAAACAGAUAUGAAUACAGAUAAGAAUAAGAGGUGCAUUAUUGUUGUUUUCCUUAAAUCUGGUUAACCCGAGAGUUGUGCAUCAGACUGGGACCCUUGUUUAAAUUUUGGGGCAAUAGAAUGAAUAAUAAUUGCACAAGCAUGAUUAAAAACCAGUAUUGCUCACAGCUAUUGAUAAGAUCAAUUAUGAAUCUGAGUGAUGUAGCUGAGGUUGAGGAACUGUCAGAGCCAGAUUCAACACACCAUACUGACAGUGCUGACACAUCUACCUUUUGGGAUUUAUUUCCCCAGUGUUUCCAGGACAGCGUGGUAGGUUCAUAUUUAAAUUCUGAAAAAAAUGCAUUCUGGUUUAGGUCACGCCUACGUCUGGGUUAAAUACAAAUAAACUUGGAAGCUGUAAUACAUUUACAGAAGUUAUUUAUCAGAACAUUGGAUAUAUGUAUGAACAAAACAUAUUUUUUCCCCCCAAUUUGUUCACCUGUGAUGUAAAUAUUUUCCUAUCCACCAGCCAGCUCUUGUUUGUCAUACGCCAUAUAACAACCAGGAAGACUGAAGUCUAACACGUGCUUCCUCUGAAACAAGCAGAGGAAGCCAGCCAGACGUAUUUUCAUGGUGCAUCACGGCAGCGUUACACACUUGGAGGAACGUGCUGUCUGCCAUCUUCUGCAUACAUGAGCAAACAGACAACACAUAUUGGUUGAGUUACGGUGACAGCAGACAGAGAGUAUGGCUAAUUCUGCUCCCUUGGCUCUUGUGGUUUUGUCAGGAUUUGAACUUAUGAUCUCUCAAAGAUACCAAAUGCUUUUCUGGUGCACCUCUUGGGAGCAAACAGAUUUUUUUUUUCUAGAGAGCAUUUGCAUUUAACUGUUUGGCUUGUUGUUGUAUUAUGCAUGUUACUCCCCAGCUGAAAUUUUGAGGUUAAAAACACAGUGCAGUACUGUCAUAAACAAGUAAAGAAGCACACUGAUGAUGCAGCUUACAUCCAAUCAACCAAGUCUGGAAAUACUGCUGUCUAAUGAAAGCGUUUCUGUUUAUGGCCCAGACUGAAGAAGUGAAAAGUAAUAUUCAGCAUGUCCUCAGCAGAAUUACAAAUCCCUUAUGAAGAAAGUGAGUCAAAGGACAGUGCAAAUGUUCCAUCUGAGUGCCUCUUCCUACAGUCUGAAUGAUCUUUGUACAGAUGUGGAAGGUCAGGUGUGUUGACAUAUUGCUGUUUCCUUGAACAUGCACGACACACUUACUGCAAAAAAAAAAAAAAAAAAAAAAAAACAUUGCAAUCGAUGUUAACAAUCUGGCUACUUUUCACCAGAUUUCAUCACCGAAGGAAUCCAUCCUCUGCCUUAAUUGGAGUGAAAUACCAACAGUUACGCACCUGACUUCAGAUCAGUAAACCUAGACAUGUAUUGAUCAAUGAAUUUGAAGACUUUUGUGGUGCUCAGCUGGAUUAAAAGUCUGCACACAGUGAA